AACGAAUACAUACGGUUUGCUACAGCUCUAGGUAAGACAGAAAGUGUGUGGCAAAUGCUUAAAUUUGGAAUUAUCGAAAUUUGUGGUGAACAAUUCAUUUGCCGAAAUUGAGUAGCGAAUUAUUUUCGAUACUACAUUGGGCUAUUACAAAGUUUUGCGUUGGUACUCACGAACAACUUCGAUUAUUGAGAAAAAUUUGUUUUAAGAGAGACACUAAUUAUGUCUUAUCCAUCUCGUGCACCUAUACCACCAUACAUGAACCCAAAUAUACCUCCUCCUCAUAUGAUGCCGCCAGUACCUUCAGCACCAAGAAGUUAUAGAACCUCCGCCACUAUCAGCUCUCAACCCACAGUCUAUCAGCGUUUACCCGACCCGGUUCCUCAAUUUCGAGGUCCGAUAAUUACGGUUUUUGUUGGAAAUAUAAGCGAACGUGUGCCUGAAGCCUUAAUUAAAAGAAUUUUGUCCGCAUGUGGGGUGGUGGUUAAUUGGAAACGAGUGUCUACCUUUGGUUUCUGCGAAUAUGAUGGACCCAAUGCUGGAAUGCGGGCUGUUCGUCUUCUCAGUGAACUUGAUAUAGACGGGAAAAAACUUGUCGCUAAAGUGGAUGCAAAAAAUAAACUUCUGUUAGACAACUUUAAGGAAGAAGAAUUAAAGAAUGGUAUUAAUGUGUCAGCGGUGGAUGAAAAGUCUGAAGAUGACUUCGUUCUCAAUCAAAUGAGAAAAAUACUUGGUGAUCAUAAGCACGAAUUUGAUGAGUUUGACGGAAAUUCUCGAGAUGUAUAUGGCGGCAGAAUAAAUAAGAACAAAGCUGUUCGCAUAGAAGAUAAAAUAACAAAAGUUCUUCACGAAACAAAUUUGGAAGAAGAAAAAAGGAACUUAAUUAGUACCGAAAUUGGGAAAUUUAGGAAAAGAGCGGAGGCCGAUGAAAAUCGGAAGGAGAAAGAGAAGGAGAAAAUGAGAGAAAAGGAGAAGGAAAAGGACAAAGAAAAAGAAAAAGACAAGGAGAAGGACAGGGAACUUGAGAAAGAAAGAGAUAGGGAUAGGGAAAGAAAUGUAUCUGAUACAAUGAAGGACGAUAUUAGUGAAGAAGAUUGGGAUGCAGAUGAGCAAAGAGAAAACCCCUUUAACAAAGUGGAGAAAGUAGUGAUUAGCAGGGGUCGCCAAUCGAACAGUUUGUCACCUAAUAGAAAAGAAAAAGAUCGAGACAGCAGAAGGAGAAGGAGUAAAUCUCGUUCAAGAGAAAGAGAGCGUGAUCGAGAACAUAGGGAACGAGAACGGGAACGAGAGAGGGAACGUGAAAAGGAACGUGAGAGAGAGCGUGAGCGUGAACGAGAACGAGAACGAGAACGAGAACGGGAAAGAGAACGUGAACGUGAAAAGGAGCGUGAACGGGAAAGAGAACGUGAGCGUGAGAGAGAAAGAGAACGCGAAAGGUAAGAAUCAAGGCGAAUUUAUAAAAGGCGGUGU